CUGGAGAUUAUUCGUGUGUCAAAGUCGGAGGACGGACGCUUGAACGGCUACGUUUGCUCAUUCAACACCUUUCCCCGAUUCAACGUCAUUACCGUUAACUAGAGAAAGUAGAAGUUUCUAUAUCUAGCUAGAAUUUUAGUACGUGUUCUUGGGCUAGUAGUCACUAUUGGGAACUUAAUUUUGUACUUCCGCUGCCCUUCCAACCGUGGUUACCUUUCAGGUGACAUCUUCAAGAAGACAUCUUCAAUCGGCUUUGGUAAUUGAGAUAGUUCUUGUGACACCCAAGUCUUUUAUUAAGCUCAGGAAGUACCUCUCUUUCACUGUUUGCUUAGAAAAAAUACCACUAUUAUCACGCCAUCCCUCUAGCUCUAACAUGAGCUGUAACAGUACAUCACUUUCUUUGGUUGUCCAUUGCUCAUAAGUCAUAUCCUAUUUUUUUGGUAUCUUGUUGUUGAUCACUUAUGAUGAUAUUGUUAUGAAAUAUCCACUGUUAUGGAGAAGAGAAAAAGGAUGAGAAGUACGGAAAAUAAAGUGUCAAAAUUUGUUUUCAAUGCAUUAAAGAGAAAUAUAGGUUUGAUCUAUAUAUGGCAUUUUUUUAGGUAAAAAGGAAAAAAACCAUCUUCCAUGACAUAUUUAAAAAAGUCCUGCCAUAUAUACUAUUCAACAUAAUAUAGGUUUGCCUCGUUUUCAAUGAUAUACUCACUCCGUCCAUGUAUGAUCUUCCCAUUACGCGUUACGAAGCUUGACCGACUUUAUUUUUAAUUCAAUUUAAUUGAUUAUAGAAGUAAAAUUUUAACUACAUGAAAAGUUCUACAAAACUAGAGGUGACAAGAAUAUAUUAUUUUAUGAAAUGACUAGUAAAAUUGAGUAAACAAAGUGAGUAAAAAUUUAAGGAAAAAAACCAUGUGAAUAGUGACUGGGACGAUCUAUGGUGGACGAGGAGUACUAUUCAAUGCAUUCAAGAGACCAAUAUCCAUUUAAAAAUUUGUUUUCAAUGCAUUCAAGAGACAUAUAGGUUUGCCUCAUUCAUCUUCUCUUUUGUUUUCUUAAUUUAGACCCCAUUGUUGUAGAAGAAGUAUCUCAUGAAGAAUAAGAUCUGGUUUUAAAAACCAAAAUCAAUAUAAUUUUUAUUUACGAAAUCACACAUAUAAAUAAGUAAAUCUGUAAAAAAAUUCUUGGAAUGGUUUUGAAUCUGGUAAAAUUACAUAAUAAAAAAGAAAUUCAUUAUAGUUUAUUGGGGAUAGAUAAGAUCUUACCGUGAACUAGAGGACGAUGGAGGGAAGUUGGAGAAAAGAAAAACCUGCGCCGACAGAGGAAGAGACGGGGAAGAUGAGCUCUUGCAGUUGCCGAAGAAGAUGAGGUUGAAGAAGAUGGGGUUGCGGUUUAUGAAGAGGAGAAGAUCGGUGGAAAGAGAAGAUGAGGCGGAACGCAGAAUCCCUGGCCUUUUUCUUUGCAUUUGCAAAAGACUUUUUUUUUAAUUUAUACUUUAGACUAAGGGGUGUAUUCAAUUUAGAUUUUAAAUUAUUUUGAUAGAUUUUUUAAAAUCCAUAAAUUCUGAUUUAGCCAAACAUUAAAAGUUCCAUUUCAUCCACGCUCAUUGAAGUUUGUACCCUAAUUUGAGUUGAAAGUGGGAAUUGGGAACGUUGAGCUCAGAGAGAGUUCUUCUGAGAAAAGGCUUUGGGGGCCGGAAUGAAGAAGACACUUUUGGAAUUGCUGGUCUGCCCGCUUUCUAAACAGCCCUUAAGGUUGUGCAAGAAAACGAGUUCCCUUAUCAGCGAUGCCAUCGGAGUGUCAUAUCCGAUAGUGGAUGGGGUUCCUCAUCUUGUUCCCGCGGACGGCCAGAUAGUUCAAACCAAUGACGCUUCUGAUCCAGGCGGAGUUGAUUCUUCUGGGUUUAAAUCUGGUAAUUGAAAUGAUAACCAAAAUCGCAAGAGCAGCAGCAGCUCGAGUUCCUCAUAGUGAUUACAAUGGAGCUGCAGCUUGGGAUACUGCCCACGUCACACUAAACUAAGUUGGCAAAAGUUCUUUUAAAUUUGUACUCAUAUUGUAAUAUUGGGCAUAUCUUUUUUUCUUUUUUCCAAUUUUUUUUCUCUUAAGCUUACCACUUUUUACUUGCCAGUCUUAACAAAAUUAUUCGAAUAUA